GUCGGUAGCUGUGGAUGUGUCAUCUGCCGCUCAGAAGUUGGAAUGGAAGUUUCACUCAGGUCUUCUGACUGAAUUGAUUUCAUUGGAAAGGUCGGGCGGCGUAAUGAGUGGAGCCACGGUCCCAGCGGACAUUUCUGGACACAUGUUGGACCUGGAUGAAGAUGAAGACCUUGAGGUGUUCAGUAAGAACACCUCCCUGGCUGAAGGUAGCCCCAUGCCCAACUCUCCUGACUCCAUGGUCAACCAGUUCAGACUGGAUGAAGAGGAGCAGCAAGAUGCCAUUAAUAAAGAGAUCUUCAUUACUGUGGACAACCCAGAGAGCCACAUCACUGCUAUUGAGACCUUCGUUAUGUACAGAGUUGUGACCAAGACCACACGCAGUGAGUUUGACUCCAGCGAGUAUGAAGUACAUCGACGGUACCAGGAUUUUCUGUGGCUCAAAAGCCGGUUGGAGGAAAACUACCCAACUCUAAUUGUCCAUCCUCUCCCAGAGAAGUUUGUGAUGAAAGGCAUGGUGGAUCGCUUCAAUGAUGACUUUAUCGAGACCAGGAGGAAAGCCCUGCAUCGCUUCCUCAACAGGAUCUCUGAGCAUCCCAUCCUGUCCAACAGCCACCACUUCAAAGUCUUUCUUACUGAAGAGGAGCUGGCCCCUCACAGGAAACAGGGUCCAGGCUUUCUGAGCAGGAUGGGCGAGACGAUGAGGGCGAUGGCCAACUCUGUACGAGGCCUGAGGAGCAAGCUGGAGGAGUUUGCUGUCAUGCAGGAAUAUGUUGAGGACUUCAGUAACAAAAUCUGCUCCGUGGACAAAGUCACCCAAAGGAUCAUCAAGGAACAGAGAGAAUACAUGGAUGAACUGAAGCAGUACAGCCCUACCUAUUUCCAGUGGGCUGAGUCAGAGGAGGAGCUGGCAGAACCACUGAAGGGCAUUGGUAGCUGUUUGGAGAGGUGCAGUAAGGAGACAGAGGAGCAGAUCCAACAGCUGUCGGAGGUCCUUGUCCCCGCCCUGCAUGAGUACGUCCUCUGUGCUGAUACUCUCAAGGCUGUGAUGAGACGAAGAGACAACAUCCAGGCCGAGUUUGAGGUGAAGAAUGAGGUCCUGGCAUCAAGAAAAACUGACCAAGAAAUACUGCAGGAGGAGGUGGAGGACCUGGCAGUCCGAAUGGAACAGGCCAACAACGCUUUGCGUGGAGACUGGUCACUCUGGAGGACCAGAAUGAGAGCUGACCUUAAAUCUGCUUUUAUCUCCACUGCUGUCAAGAAUGUAGAUUAUUAUGAGAAGUGCCUGGCUGUGUGGGAGUCCUUCCUCCUUUCUCAGAGAGGUGGGUCAAUGGAGCAAAGAAAUGAGGAAGAUGCUUCCUAAAGUGUGAGGUUGCCUGCUUCCUUCCUGACCAUACAAAGGCCACCAUCUGAUCUGUCCAUGCUGAAACUGAAGACCCAUCCUCUGGUGAAUAAAGUGGUAGAAGUGCGUCAUUUAUACAAGAUUCAUGUGAAUCUUUUCUUUCUCUUUGAACAAAGAGGCUAGUCCUACUCUUACCACACAGCUUAGUUGACUUAAUUCCACACAUGUAGAUGGCCAGAUGAUUUUCCAUGAUGUAAUGGUGCAGGAACUACAUACAUUGUGAAACAUGUUACAGAUGUUCUCGUGACCAGUUUGAUCGUUUCUUAGUAUGACUGCAGUGGAGCCAUUAAAAGAACUGUUGUGAGAUUGCGGCACUCAUUCAUUCUGUUGCUUAUCAGCAGACAGUCAUGCAUCAGUUAAGCCAGUGAUGCUCUGAACUGGUGCUUUAUAAACUGUAGGAACUAAUUCUUGUAUUUGUAAAUUGUUUUGUAGAUCAGUAACUAAAGGGAGUGUACACUACACAUGGGUCAGCUUUCUCUCUCAUCAUAGAUCCCCAUUAAAUGUCAUUAAUCGUCCGCCGUAUUGUGCUUGUUGAAAAAUAAAGUUUACAUGCAAGAUAAUGUAUGAGCAAUGUAAUUCUAAUUGAAAACUGCAAUAUUUUUUUUUUAUGUGCAAAUUGUAUUAUUAAUGGCAAAUAAAGGACAAAAAUAUGAUUUUACCAUAAUAAUAAAGAUUGACAUCACUUGAAA